CAAUUUUUUUAAUUAAGAAUUAGAACAUCAAAUAUGUUAAGUGAUGUUAAUACGAUGGCCUGAAGAUCCCUCCAUCGACAUUUUCCGCUGGGAAAGCAGCGGCUUGUGUAAUUAGUAGAAACGAGAGCGAAGCGAUUUCUGAGACGGACCGCGAAACAAUUAGCCCGCGGACAAUGCAAGUACAAGUGCUGGACGAGAAGGUACCGCUCGGCUCUCGUCAAUUAACAGCUGAGUAAGAAGAGCGUGCGAUAUGCGCAUGCGACGCUACGCUUCACAUUAGAGUCGCGAGCCGCGCGGAUAUGCGGUGUGCAGCCAAACGGUUUGGCACCCCUGGAUAAAAAAUCUUGUGUCGAAUUAUCGGUCUGUGUGUAAUGGUGUUCGGGCUCUGGUGACAGGGGUGUCAAGGGUGUCAGUGUGAGUGACGGUGUAUGGCAUGGGACAGUAAUGGGGGCGGGACACAGCGCGGAGGGUGACUGCGGCGCUUAUGCCAGCGAUCCCCCCACGCAUGAUCGGCGGAAAACUAAUAAACGAAGGCGAAGGCACUCGGUGGACUCGGUCGCGUCGUAUUCUAGCCAGAAUCACGUAGACCGUAUAAGGACUCAGAAUUUCUCAGCGGCUUCUUGUCAAGACGACGCAGACUUUGGGUCGAUCAAGACCAGUCUGUUCAGGCGUUCGACGUCUAAUUUGGAUUACCCUAUUAAACGACCCGACAGCGUCACUUCCAAUACAAGCUCCACAAGAAGCCGCCUUCGAGAUCUCGUCGAAAGGAAAUCGAGUUCAGAGGAGCAUAAGCCCGCGGCAAACACCGUCGCCGAUAUACAGUACUUUGAGAACCCUACGGAAACGUUAGAGUUCGACAAUCCGAGGAACUCUCUCGACUCCAGAAACAGCCAAAAAGAACGCCCUAAAAAGAAAAAGCAAUCAAAGAACAAGGAGAAAAACAAGGAUUAUUGUGAGAUUAAAAAUAAAAAACACGAAAAAUAUCAAAGCAAGCUAGCGGAAUACUACAAACUACCAAUUCAAUUACCCCAAGACGAAUUCUAUCAACAUUUAACAAGAUCACGAGCGUCGGAAGAACUCCUGCAGAAACGUUUCUCGAACUCUGAUACAGAAUUCAAUGGAAGUUACGGCAGAUUGUGCAAGCAUAAAGAAAUCGAAGGCUCCAAUUUAAGGCGAAGUCGAAGCUUGGCUGUAAUACGAGAGGAAACUUUUACGGAUCUUCAAAUACAGAAUCACGCUAAAAAUAAAAGGUCACAACUAAUACCACGCGCUCGUUUGUUCGAUAAACCUUGCUUUAAAGACAGGUUACCUGGUCGUGCAAAAUAUCAAACAAAGGAGGAAGUUUUAGAAGGCAUUUACAUAGACAGCACUGCUUCUUGUUUCGGCGACAUAAACAGAUCGAAAGUAGACGAUAUUCAAGACGAAAAAGUCCAAGAAGGAUCAGUAAAAGAAGACGCUGUAUCGCAGAACGAAAGUCGACGAUCGCAGUCUAUUGGUGGCAGUUGGCCAAAUUUAAUCGAAGAAUCCAAACAAACUAAUCUUUCCGAAGAUAGUAUCGGGCACUCGCGAAACCCAAGUGAGAUAGAUAGCUUAGAUUCAAACUACGUCCGAAAACACUACAACUUUGAAGAGCAUCUAAGAAGUUACAAAGAAAAUUCGGAUACUGAACACUCCAUUACUUCAGUAAAUAUUAACAAUAAAGAAGCCUACAUUGCUAGCAAAGAUCGCGACAGUGAAAGCAUAGAAGAAGCAAGGUCGAAGAAUAAAUCUCCAUUUCAUAGUGGGGAAAACAUUUUAAGGCGGAGCGAAAUAUGCGUAGAUAACUCAUUGUUGAUACUUGAGAAAGACGACUCGUACGACGAAAUUUCGAUCAGAAGUAAUAAAAGCGCAUUACAAGAUAUUUAUGAAGUAGCUGUAAAUGAUACUAGGGAUUUAAAAGAUAAAGAAAUUGACACACAAUCAGUUAUAUCAGAGAACGACGGAACAAUCUCCAGUCCACCUGAUAGUAUAACAUCGUAUAUAUCCAUUUCCAUAGCAUCAUCAACUGAUAAGUCUCAAAAAUUAGAGCACUUAGCCAAUUCCUUAGCUGAAAAAAUAGAUGAAUAUUGUGACACACAUUUCAAAGAAGACAACUCAGUAAAUUCUCACAAUAUUAAUACAAGUCAUCAAAGAAACCCAGAUCCAGACCCCAUUUACACAAAAGUUCAGAAAAAGACAUUUGCUGACAUAAAGAAAGAUUUACUCAAAGAGAAAGAAGAUAAAAGUCCAAGUAACGAAAUAUACAUAAACAACACAUACAUAGAAAAUAAAAAUAAGAAAAACAAUUGUACAUCUAUCAGGAAUAUAACUACGGAACCAUUUGUAACCACACUAAUAGAAAAUCAAUAUUAUUCCUUGCCUGAUAUUAAUAUAAGUAAGUGUUUAAGAAAAUCUGAACGAAUUGACGCUCAAUUGAGAGAAGAAGACAAAGAAGACAUACCUUGUGAAAACACUUAUGAAAUAGCUCAUACCAAUUUUAAAGAAAUAUUAGCUGCAAAGAGCACUGAACAAUACGGUCAUUUAAAUAGAUCCUACAAUCAAUCUCCUCAACUUGCAACAAGUACAACAAUAUACGUACCGGAAUAUGAGCAAACAAAUACAAUUAACAGCUUCGCAAAACUAGAUGAUGAUUUAAAAUCUAUAAUAACAAUAGAAAGUUCUAACGUUGACGAUCAAGAAGAAAAUUACUUCAAUUCAGAUGUUCAUCAUCAAAACGAAAGAGAAAUCAAUGAAAUAGAAGGGACAAUAAGAAAUAAUAAAAUUAUUACUAAAGCAGAAAGUUUAAAGCUCUCAGGCUCGGUAUUACGACCUGACAUAAAAAUAUCGAAAUCCUUGUCAAACGAUAACAUCAAUAAGUCUGUAUUAGAGAAAAACAAGAAGACCAAUAUAAGAAAACAUUAUUCGUUACGGCAGAGAGAUCCUUCUAGUGAUAAUAUCCGAAUUCCGAGUCCAGACACUGUAGAGAAAACAUUACAGAACUGUAUUGAAACCGAAAAAGUCAAACCGAAAACUCUUGAAGAAGCUAAAACUAAUUCUCUUUUAUCGCGAGUGCAAUCAUUUAAGACUUCGGCACAAUCGAAUAUUACUAUAUUGCCACUUAGUGGUCAUCAAACUAUAGUCAUUGAUCCUCCAGUAACAAUAAGUGUACCAGAUCUUACGCAAACGAAUACUACAGCUCACACAACUGAAAUUUUGCCAAAUAAGCCACAAAACGAAAGUAUAAAAGAUAAAGUAGACGAAAUACAGCAUAAUUCGUUAGGAUCUAUUGACACGUCGAAUUUCUACAUUCCAAAAGAUCCAUUUAUUACUAUAAAACUAAACAAAGUUGUAAAACAAACAAUUCCUAAACUCACGAAAGAAAUACCACAUCAAACUGUCAUAGAGCAAGUUAAAAUCGAUAAACCUCCUAGUAAAUUGAUAAUCAAAGACAGUAAUAAUAGUGCAUUUACAUCAACCUAUACUAAAGCUACAAAUAAAAUGACACGACCUCAAGUAAUACGAGUGGUUGAUUCAAAAAACAAAGUUUUAUCAUCUAACAAUAAUACUGAAAGUAGCAAUUGUGAAAUAGGUAACACGAGUGAUAAAGCUAACAGUAAUGAGAAACCGGAACAGAAAGAUGUCCGCUUCGAAAGUAGGAAUGACUAUAAAAAUGAGUUUACAGUCAAAGAAAAAUUACAUAAUGCUAUAAAAACAGAUCUCGAAUACCAGGAAAAAAUAAAUUCCGUUAAAAGUUAUUGGUCAAAAAUGAUAGAAAAACCGACUGAAAAUCAAUUAAAACCUGAGGUAACGGAAAAUGAAAAAAGUGUGGUAGAAAAUAAUGUACCGACAAAAAUCGAAGUACCGGAACCAGAAAAAGAUGAUUCUAAAUAUGUGCCAGAGAUAUCUGUAGGAAGCAUAAUAAAAUCUUUAGAAAGUGUCAAAAUUGUUGACAGUAUUAAAAAAAUAAGUCAAACAAAAUUACAAUUAUGGAAAGAGGAAACAGAAAAGGUCAAAAGUGAUUCUGAAAUAGAAGAACCGACUAUCCAGAAAAUAAAACAAGAGUGCGAAGGAACUAUUUACGACAGACCUAAACCGAUUCAAAUUACGAAAGAAGGACAAGACAUUAGUCGGGACACACCUGAAAUCGAAAUAGUGGAAUUAAGUAAUGAAGACGACCAAAACCAAAAAACUCAAGCCACCAUUAUAAAAGCAAAAGGUUACGAGAAAGGAUGCGACGAAUUUGAUCAUGUCCGAUAUAAAGUAAUGAAGUCUGAACUAUUUAAAAAUAGUAUGAUUGCUAAUUACCGAAAAGAAGCACAAUUCGACGGAUUGUUGCAAUAUUUACAAGAUUAUAGCUUCCAAGAAUUAUUAGUAAAUAACAACAUCGUAAUUAUAGAACCAGUUAGAACAAAGGUGGAACCUACUCCUAAGAAAAACAAUAACUUGGACCCUUGUAAAAUACCCUCAUCACUCUUGAAGAAAAAUGAAAACUCAGGACAGAUAGAUAAAUCAAAAAAUGCAAUUAAGCGUCAUUUCUUUUAUCAUCCCAUAAGGGUAAAUAAAGAAAUAAUAGAAGAAGAACUUCCUAACCCAGAUACAGUAAAGAAAGUACGGAAUUUAUUUGAAGAUACUUUAAAGAUGAAAUCACCGGUAAGUCAAGAUCCACCGCUUGUUAAUGAAAACAGUAGACUAACAAGACGGGCAACUUCAUACAGAAAUUUAAGCGAAGAAAAUAAAACAAGUAAGACUGGUGGAAGAAAGAAAGUAACACGACAAUUAACAAUUGAUACUAACUUUGGAAACAAAAAAUGGGACAACGCGAGUCUUUCAAGUGGUGUCUCAAGCGGUGAUUUAAGUUCUAAUAACGAAUACGAAGCAGACAGUCCCUAUUCUACAAAGAAUCUAAAAGAUACCGUAUAUAGCUCCAGUGAUGAAUAUCUUUGCGAUUCUAUGAGUCAAGAUUUUUGUUGCGAAAGUCAAUACGUAAGCCCUGACAUUCUAAAAAAAAUUAGAGACUGUGGAACAUCUAUUACCUAUUAUGGAGGGAAAGUUUUAAAUUCUAAAACAGGAUCAUCUGUUAGUCCUAUGACCAGAGCUAUAAUGGAUGAAAUAAAAAGUUUGCAGAAAAACUGCAGCAGGGAUUGUUACUCUUGUCAAACUAAGUGCAAAGGUGAAAAAUGUUCAUGUCUCGUGGCUGAUAGACACGUACAGAUGGGAACUGAUAAGCAAAACUUGAAUAUUACAGAAGAAAAAAUAAAUCAAGACAGUUAUGAAAAAGCCAUGCGUUCUGAAGGAUUUCCGGGUUUUAAAUUUAAACUCGUUAAAUCGAACAGUUGCAGCAGUCGUUUGGAACUAACGGGGACCGAUGAAAGUCAAAACCCUAGACUAAAGUACAGAAAACAGAGAUCUACAGAAGAUCCCCCAUUAGUUCACGAAGAAGACAAUUCAGUUAAGAACAAAAUUUGUCGUUUAGAAAGUUACAAUAAAGGAAUCGUUAAAACGCCAUUCGAAAAUAAUAACAACGAAGAUAAGAAAAUAAACUUAAACUUAAGGCCACAAGUAAGUAAAGUCAGUGAAGAGAAAGAAGAAAUCUCAAUGCGUUCGCCGUCAUACAACGAAAAUUCCAAAACCGAUACAGAACAAGAAGCUGAAAACCAAAAAAAUCUGGUACAAUCUGACAAACAGAAUAUAAACGAUGCACAUAGUUUCGAAAAGAAAUUCUAUUACCUUAACGAAAAUUUAGACCACAGGAAUGUACCAACAGGGAAAUUUGGCGAAAUGGUGUUCGAAGAAUUUGAAGUUUUAGAAUCAUGCUAUGAUAGUUUAAAUAGCAAUAAGUCUUUAAAGUAAUUUAAUAUAAUUUUGUUAAAUCUGUUGCAAAUAUUAAAUGUGAUCUGUAAUCAAAGAACGCUAUUAAAUUAUUGCUUGUAAAUUUAACCAUGGUCUUAUAAGUAUUUAGCUUAUUCAUGUAUGUUAUUAGGAUAUCAAAUAUACUGGGCAGCAAUCGAACAAUGUCCUAUAAUGCAAUGUAGUUU